UGAUUUGACAACCGCUGUUCUAUUCUCACCGCGUCGUCGCUAUUUUUUGUCAAUUUUGUUUAUCCGUGUAUUUUUAUUCAAAUAUGCAUCAUAAACAGAAAAACGAAUAAGAUUAGGACCGAAUUAACAUUAAUCAUCACAAGAGAAUACCUUCCAACGAUACUGAAUUUAUUUUUGCUUAGUGUGAUGUAUUUACGUGGACGUGUUGAGGUUUUGGCGGGAUUGUGUGGAACAGUUUAAAACUAGAUUUUGUGUAAGUGAGGAUGGGCUCGUCGUUCUGGGUGUACGCGCGAGGAUCAUGGCGGCAGCUGGACGUGACCACGGGGCGGGUGCAGGGCUGGGCGGCGCGGCCGCGGUUCUGCUACUACCGGCGCGGGCGGCUGCACGUCGCGCGGCCGGCCGCCGUGCUGCAAGGACUGCAGGCCCUGCUGGAGAAACGGCCCACUAGUGUCAGGGACGGUCUGCCCUUGUCACAACGCAGAGUGUCAGUGCCCAGGCCGGGCAGGUCUCCUCGUCGCUGUUGCUGCAGUCACAACGUGCGCGCUCACACAGACAACUCCCGCAAUGCACUAGUGCAGCUGAACCUGUCCACACAGUGCGCUAACUCAAUGCCGGCCACAACUACACAGGCAGUGAAGUCAGAUGCGGCGAUUCAAGCAGACGUUGGGAGUGUGGCACAGGUUGUGGCCCACAAGAGGAAGAGGUCGCCGGUGCAAGAGUCUGACUCUAUCACCCGGGUGCAUAAGGUUCCUAGACGGCGAGAGGAGAGCGAGUCAUCUACACCUGCUUUCAAGGAGCUGAUCGUGAGCGAGGCGGACGUGGCGGCGCUGCGCAGCUUCGCGCUGCGCUCGCGCGCGCUGGCGGUGGACGUGCGCCGCUUCGACGCGGACGAGGCGUACCGGGGCGCCGUGUUCUACCGCCUCAACCCGCUGGUGCGCCUGGAGCGCUGUCCGUGGAUCGCCGCCAUGCUGGCGCAGGACUGCUCGCUGCAGGAGUUCACGCGGUCGCUGGGGCUGCGCCCCGUGCGCCCCCCGCGCUCUCACAAGGAGAACUGCGAUGACAUAAAUAGACAAAGAAGUAAACCUCAAUCAAAGAAAAAUUCUUCACAACAUCAAUUCAGGAACUAUACGAACUCGAAGGAGACAAGUCAUAAACGCAAAGAGGACGGCUCUGAAGAUCGACCAUGGAACACAAAAAACAAAGAGAAUAAACAAUUUCUAUCUAAAAAUAAGUCUCCGUCGGUAUUGUACGGUAUCAGACCAAAAAAUACACUUAGAAAACAUAAUAAAACGGUGAGAAGUAGUUCUGAAGACAGUAUUUCGUCUGCAGACGAAUCGGCAGACAGACACGACAGAGAUAAUAGAAUGAAUAGAGAAAGGGAGAGGCGGAGAAGCGCUCGGAUACGAACCCAAGAUAAAUCUCCUUUUAAAAGUGACAGUCGGUUGCGAAGUAGCCUGAAGGAAGCAGAUACUAAUCUUGAACGAACAGCUAAAGAUAGUUCUGAAGAUUCGUCCUACGUUUGGGCAGAUAGGAGUGGCAGGCUUAAAGAUCGCGUCAGACAAACACUGGAAAGAGAUCGUGAUCGCUUCAAAGACAAAUCACCGGCGAAAAGUGAUAAAAGAUUAAGAAGAAGACAGAAAAAAACAGGGAAUAAUGUUGAAAGGAUAGUUAGAGACAGCUCUGAAGAUGCGUCCAGUGGGUGGGCCAAUAGAAAUGGUAGGACUAAAGAUGAAGUCAAAGGGAAACAAGGAAGCGAUCGCGAGCGAUCUGCGGAUGGUUCGCCGGCGAAGGGUGAUAGUAAAUCCGGGAGCAGUCAGAAGAAAACCGAGACUAAUGUUCUACAAAUAAUAAGAGAUAGUUCGGAAGACUCAUCACAAAAUGUUUGGGAUAAAAAUCGUGUUAAACGCCGAAGCGCUCGCAGACUUUCUAAGGAUAAUACUCUGGAGAAGAGAGUCGGAAGUGUACACGGGGAUGAUAAGGAUAACGGAAAUGAUAAACCUGAGAAAAAGGAUACGGAACUAGGAACGCGACCUCGUGAUGUAGAUUCGACAGCAAAAGGUAUUAAUGCACAGAAAGAUGCAACAGAUGGUCAGCGUGUGAACAGGGAAGACGCUGGCGGCAGGGCUGAGGACGGGCGGCGCGGGGACCGGCCGCAGAAGCGGCGCUCGGCGGUCGCUGCUCAGACUAAGUUCCAGGCUCAGAGACGGGAGUACUCGCCGCUGGAGGACCACGCCAUCGUGCAGUGGCUGAUGCUGGGCUCGCGCGCCAGGAAGGUCAACGGCAACGUCAUAUGGCGGGAGCUACAGGGCCAGUUCAGCCGCAUCGCGGGCAGCACGCGCACGUGGCACUCGCUGCGCAACCGCUACCUGCGCAGCAUCCUGCCCGCGCUGGGCGCGCUGGCGCUGCCGCCCGCCGCCGCCGCCGCGCUGCGCGCCGCGCAGGCCGCGGGUGAAAUAAAGUCACGCGGCCGCCCGUCGCGGCCCAACCCCCUGCUCACGGUGCCUGCAGUCCGCAGCGCGUGGGCCGCGCGGGGGAGGGGGAGGGGGGCGCCGGGGAGGGGGGACAGUGCGGGGGACACUCGCGACGCGGCCGACGGUGAAGAUAUAAAUCGGCAAUCUGUCCAGCACGUUAACAUUCCAGGGUCGCCGCCCGCGCCCCCGGCCCGCCGCGCGCUGCGCCCCGCCCCCGCCCCCGCAGCCCGCCCCCCCGCCGCGGCCCGCAGCCCCCCGUACGGCGAGCUCACGCGCCGGUUCGCCGACCACGCCGGCUCCGCGCCGGAGGCGGAGGAGCAGCAACGCAACGGCUCUGUCUCGCCGCCGGCCAAGCGGACGAGGAAGCUGUUCAACCACAGAACGCAGCUCUGACUGACUGACCGUCUGAUCACUCAGUCAGGCAGUGAUUUAUGUGAUUAAAUAAAUAUUUUUAUACUAUAUAAUUUUUAAAACAAGAUUUUUAACACACCUUAUGUUGCAUUCUAGACAUUUUAUAUGUACAUGUAUAUGAGAGUGCCCGGUCAGCGACGACCCACUGCAGGUUUAUGUCAGAACUAAACUAAUUAUUUCUAACUUUAACACUUAUUUUUACUCUCAAGUCUUCCUCAAUUAUAAAUGAAUACGUUUUGUAUCCGUUUAAUACUUUGUGGUAAAUGCUACAGAAUAUAAAUUAACAAGUAAUAAAUAUAAAUAAAAAUAAUAUGCUUUCAUACGAGCAAGCAAGUUAAUAAUUAUUUUUGUAAAUUAUUGAAAAUAGUUAUCUUUGACCUAAUAUUUCCUGGUAUAUCCUUUUUAAGUGACAAAAUGUUAUGAAAGAUUUGUAUUUAGAUACAUACAUAUAAUCACGUCUAUAUCCCUUGCGGGGUAGACAGAGCCACGUAUUUAAUGGCCGUGUAACGGUGUGAUGUAUGUCUAUUAAGUGUAUAAAAGUUAUUAUUAAAAUAAUAUACUGAUGUGUGUGGGAGUGAGAGAAAUUACAAUGAGAGUGACUAACUUGAUAAAUAGAAUCGUUUGAUCAUAACUUACUGCGAUCGCUGGUCGCGAGGAGGUGCCGGGUAUGUAUUGAUAUUGUAUCAUAUAUUUAAGAAGUGCUCAAAAAUGUUAAGCUUGUGCGGCAGCUGAUAACUAGCACUAGCCCGCGGCUCCGUCACCGUGGGUAUUAUCAGAGAAAAUAGCCCAUGUUUGAUCUCGUAUACUUAACUAUAUUCAUACAAUAUUUUAUCAGAAUCGGUCCAGUUAGUCGUCAAAGCAUAAGAGACAGAUUAUCACAUUUAUAAUAUAAGUAUGUGUGAAUUAUGUAUUAAAUUUAAGGGAUCUCGUAAAAAGGAUAGAAGAUAGUAAUAUGUAGAUUUCAGUCUCAACGCGCAAAUCUCCAGUUUUAUUAAAGUUGUUUUAAAAUUUGUAUUAAAAAUAAUAUAGCUGUAUUGUCCUCUCGGAGGCGUGGCGGAGACAUUAUUGUUAAGUUGAACUAAUGCCCGUUUUCACCAACGCGUCCUUAACCCUAACCAUAACCUAAUUACAACACACGGUUUUCUCAGAAAACGCAUUCAAAUAGAUUUUUUGCCAAUAUGACCUCGGUCAGUUAUUAUUUUAUGUAUGAAUAUAACGCGUUGUAGCCGAGAUCACCACAUGAUACAUAAAACGCGAGUUAGUGUUUUGGUUAUUGAAAUGUAAGACAUCUUGCGGCUGAAGGUUCAUUCGUUUAGGUAUUUUUUUAACUUUGAUUAUUUACAUCGCCUUGAUUAUGAUAAUUCGUGGAGUUAUAGUAACGGAGGGAGUUGUCUCUGUAUAUUAAGUUUCAAUAUCUAAAUUAUGUUUAUUACUUUUGUAUUUAUGGUUUGUGAAAAUAAAUUAAGUUCCUACAAAAAUUUUGAGAAUAGAUUUAGUCAAUGAUUAAAAUUAUUUUUAAACGGCUGUCCUUCAUUGAAAACUAUCAUUUUAAUUUUAUGUUUACAUUAGGAAAACUCAUUCCGUAUAAUUUUGUCGAAAAAUAUUUGUAAAAAAAUGCAACUAAAAUGUAUAAAUUGAACAACGCUUAGUGUUUGCAAGCACGUGUGAAGAAAGAAGUAUUAAGUUUAAUAUUUUGUAUAAUUGUAACCUUUAGUUCUAAUUUGUUGGCAUUAAAUUAUUUUUCUAA